CCGUCCGCGCCCCCACCGGCAUGAGGCCGCCGUGCGCUCGCUGUCGCCGGCGCAGCGGGGGCUAAGGCGGGACGGUGCCCUCCGAGGGCGCCGGGUGCCAGCGGGCUGAGCGCACCGGGCACCGGCAUCGGAGAGGGCUGUGCGCUCUGCGCCCCUGCCCAGGCGCGGGCACCGGACUGCGCUCCCCCGAGCACCGGACGGAGCGCACCAGGCACUGGCAUCGGAGAGCGCUGUGUGUGGAGUGCCCCCUACCUAGGUGCCAGCACCAGACUGGGCACUGGCACAGAACCGAGCGGCGAGCACUGUGGCCUGAGAACCCAACGCCCGGGCACCAGUGAGCCCUGCGGACUCGGCACUGGACUGUGUCCCCCGGGCAUUGGUGUUGAACCCCUGCAGGCUGGCCUUUGGCAACCCCCCCGUCCAGCUGGAUCGGUGCUGGGCACCUGCGUGCUGCUGGCUGGGCGUCACUGAGGCUUGGAUCUGCCCCUGCCCUGCUCCGUCCAUCUGCCCUUUUCCUCUCACCUUGGCAACAUGCUGCCCUGGCCGGUCCGCCUUCUGCACGGCUCCGUCACUCCCCUCUUCUGCCUCCUGGUGCUGCUGGUGACCUUGCCCCUGGGGGCACCCACCUGCCCCAUGCUGUGCACCUGCUACUUCUCCCCACCCACGGUCAGCUGCCAAGCCAACAACUUCUCGUCGGUGCCCCUGGUGCUGCCCCCCAACGCCCAGCGCCUCUUCCUGCAGAACAACCUGAUUGGGGCACUGCGGGCGGGCACCUUCGGGCCCAGCACCGUCACCCUCUGGCUUUACUCCAACAACAUCUCCUCCAUCCAGCCCGGCACUUUCCGCCACCUGCCCGCCCUGGAGGAGCUGGACCUGGGGGACAACCGCAACCUGCGCAACCUGGACCCCGACACCUUCCGGGGCCUGGAGCGUCUGCAGUCCCUGCACCUCUACCGCUGCCAGCUCAGUAACCUGCCCACCACCCUCUUCCGCAGCCUCUUCAGCCUGCAGUACCUGUACCUGCAGGAGAACAACCUGCUCUACCUCCAGGAUGACCUGUUUGUGGACCUGGCCAACCUGAGCCACCUCUUCCUGCACGGGAACAAGAUCCGUGUGCUGUCGGAGCACGUGUUCCGGGGGCUGUGGGGGCUGGACCGGCUGCUGCUGCACGUCAACCGGCUGCACUCGGUGCACCGCUGGGCCUUCCGGGACCUAGCCAAGCUCACCAUCCUCUACCUGUUCAACAACAGCCUGGCCACGCUGCCGGGCGAGACGCUGGCCGAGCUGCCCUCGCUGGAGUUCCUGCGCCUCAACAACAACCCCUGGGCCUGCGACUGCCGCGCCCGCUCCUUGUGGGCCUGGUUCGAGCGCGCCCGCGUCUCCAGCUCGGCCGUGGCCUGCACCACCCCGCCGGAGCGCCAGGGUCGCGACCUGCGCCACCUGAGCCAGGCUGACUUCAGAGACUGCCCCCCGGCCAAUCACGCCCCGGCCCGGCCUGCGGGGGGCACCAAGCCCAAGUGGGGUGGGGAGGCCGAGGCGGGCCGGCCCCGCAGCAACAGCUCCUCCAACCACCUGUACGGGCUGGGGGAAGGCGGGGCGCCCCCUGCCGACCCCUCCUCCUUCUACCGGGACCUGCCGGCCAGCGACAUCCGCAGCCCCAAGUACGACUCCCCGACGGAGGUGGACUACUGGGCCGGCUAUGGUAGUGAGGAGGGCCGGCUCAAGGAGGGCUGCGCCGGGCCCGGCUGCUCCCCGCUGGACUCUGGGGCCUGUCGGCCAGGUAUCCUGCCCGCAGCCCUCCCCCCACUCCUGCUGCUGCUGCUGGGGCCUCCCCGGCUCUGACCCGGCCCCACCAGACUGAGCAAGGACAGCGACGAUGGGAGGAGGGGAGGACAGGCCCUCAAUAACCCCCCGUGGCACUGAGACUGAGGGGGGGCAGCCCUGAGCCCCCCCUGCCGAGACUGAGCCUGCCUUGUUUCUCCCCACACACACCCCUGCCCUUGUAGGCAGCUGGCUCGUGGAAACGUGGAGUUUGGGUAACGAGGGCUUUCCCAAUGCCCAGCGGGUUCCUGCUGCUUGUCUGCUUUUGGAUGGGAGGCAAACAGGACCCCCAAGGAACCCUCUGCUGGCACCCCCAACUUCCCUCCCCAUUGGGCCCCCACACCUCCAGGGAACCCCACCCACCAACACCCCCAUCUGAUCCCCCACCCCCAAUGGACCUUUCCAUGCUAGCCCCCAACCCCCUUGAUGUUGCUCACUGCCUCCCCCUCCCCCGCCCCAUCUCUCCACCCAGGGUAGAGCUCCCCCCCACUUCCUACGUGACCAGCUGUGCAGGAGGGCACACCCCAGGGGCCCACAGCAUGGCCCUUAGGAGUUAGAACCCCCCUCCUGCUGGAGAGAGAGGGGAUCAGUGUCCUUCUAAUCCCCCCACUGUCCCCUCCAAGCCACACCACCCCCUGCUCCCACAUGCCCACAACUGUCCCCCCAGCUCAUUGCCUGCACCCCUAUAAUCCCCAGUCCAAGCUACUGCCUCCCCCCCGCCCACACCAACCCAGAGAGAGCAGUGUCCCCUCCCCCACAGUGCACCUCUCCAACCCACUGCCCCCAGCCCCUUCUUUCCCUCUCCCACAGGACACCCCCACCUCUCCCCCAGCUCCAUGUUCCUGGACUGGCCCUCAGGGCUGCAAGCUCGUUCCUUCUCCCCCUCCCUCCCCCGAGUCUGGGGUUUGGGGGGGACCCCACCGUGCUCUGCGGCUCUGACCCCCCCCCCCCUUUGCCGACACGUCUGAUGCUGGAUGUUUUUCUGCUGCUCGCCCCGCCCCCUUCUAACAAGCAAAAAAAGGGGUUGGAAAAUUAUUUAUUAAAAAAAAUUCUAUUAUUUUAGA